AUGGAAAACGCUUUUGGGCACGAGACGACGAAUAAAUUGAAACUGCAAAACCGCCCUUCCAGCGAGUGGGCCCCACAGAGACGUUGGGAUGCGAGCCGAUGUGGGCCACCGCACAGUCGGCAACCUCCCACGCCGCUGGGGCCCACCGCCAAUACUAGGGAAAAUUUCUUUGUCCAUUCACUCUUAUUUUGUCUGAGAAACCAUUUAGAAGAAGAAAUAAAUUUAUUGUUGCAUGGGAUGGACGCUCUAACUCAUGAACUACAACACAAUCACCAGGAAAUGGGUUCACAGACACUAGAAAGCAUGGUAGGGUGCGUGAAGGCGGCAGAGAAGAAGUGUCGACCGGCAGACAUGCAGGCCUUGAAAUGCCCGCGCUGCGACUCUACCAACACCAAGUUCUGCUACUACAACAACUACAGUCUCUCACAGCCACGCUACUUCUGCAAGUCGUGCCGCCGCUAUUGGACCAAGGGCGGAACCCUCCGCAACGUCCCUGUAGGUGGCGGCUGCCGCAAGAACACCAAGCGCUCAUCAUCAUCCUCAUCAUCAUCAUCAUUAUCCAAGAAAACCACACUGUUAGACCCGCACCCACUGCUGCCCAUGUCAUACGACCCCAAUGCCGACAUCAUCGCCCGCCUCCACAAACAGACCGUCCAUCAUAAUCCCAAUCCCAACCCCACCCGCCUCUCUAUAUGGGGGGAGCCCCAUCUCUUUCAACCAUUUGAUGGUGGGCUCCACAAUGUGUACUGUGGACCCCAAGAGAUGGAGAUGGGGUUUUCGUUAGACCAGUUUGGAGGAGGGCCGGUUAAGCCCGAUAACAACAGGGGAUUGUUGGGUUUCACAUGGCAGGGAGCCGGUGGGAAUGGAAUUGGAAAUGGACCCGAUCUUGAUCCGGGCCGUGCCUUUGGCUCGUCUCCUUGGCACGGCCUUCUCAACAGUCCUCUCAUGUGA